CAACAAUCAUUAUUAUCUUGUCUUGAAAAUAAUAUUCGAAGGGUAGAAAUAGAUUCGAAUAAUUACAAAUUGUUCGAUGUUCUUUCGUUUUUUUCUUCGAAAUUGGAUUCAAAUCAUUUAUUAUUAUCCUGAAUAUUUGAAUGUUUAACAGCAUCAUUUAAACAUGCACAUACACACACACACACACACUGGUUUAACUGACCUGAUGUUUUCUUGAACAGGUAAAUAUUUGGACUAACAAGUAGAAAAAAAACGAUUUAACUAUUUUCACCUGUAGUAAGACAAAGGAAAAAAAAGGUCACGAAACUAAGCAUUUGUUAAUGGUGAACGAUUGAAUCCGGAAAAGUAACCGGAUCAUAAAUUUUUUCUCAUCAUUUGGUUCAUUUUACUACUACUACUACUACCUACCACUUUGAUGAUGGCUUAGUUUAUCACCAUCACCAUCAUCAUCGAUUAUUUUGAUGAUAAAAGCACCAGAUAUAUAUAUUAUACUAAGUUGAUUACCCAUUUGAAAAUCGUUUUUUUUCCAACCUUCCAAGUUAAUAUAUUCUGAAUGAAUGAUCCUUGAUUGUGCUUUCGUUCUAUAAUCUAGUCAUCCUAGUCCGUUUAUUCAAUCAAAUCAUAUCACUUAAAUUUGAUUUAUUUUCUCAACAAACUACACAACGGUAAUAACGUUUGGAUGAUAGUAAUGAUGAUGAUGAUGAUGAUGGUAAUCGAUUACCAAUGUGAGAAUAAUGGAUGGAUGCCAUUUGAAAAUCUACAGCCAACAAACUGUAUACCCUAUCAUUAUUAUUCGAAAAAAAUGUUUGUUUUCUGAGUUAAUUUAAUUUUGUUUCAUGCAAAACAAAACAAAACAAAACAAAAAAUUCGAAAUUUCAAAGCAUUCAUUAUAUAAUCGUCGAGCAAUGUUUGAUACCAAUGAAUUACAAAUUCUUCAUUAAUGGAUCGAUAUUAUUAUUAUCUGUCACUUGUCUGUCGUUGGUACAAAGUAUACCCGUUGAUCAAUCGAAUGAAACAUCAUCAUCUAAACUGCCGAUUAUGAUUGAUGAUGAUGAUGAUGUUGGUGGUACAUACAGCAAAACAAACGAAUCCGAUACUUCAUUAUCAAUUGAUGAAACAACAACGAUGGAAAAAUUUCAUCAUCCAGAAAUUUUAAUAUUGGAAAUUGUAUCACAACAACAAAAAUCUGAUGAUGAUCAUCCACAUGCUCAAUGUAUAAGAAAAUGUUCAUGGAUUUAUCGAAAAUUAUUAAAUGAUUGGUGGAUCAAUCAUGCAAUUACAUCAUUAUUAGAAAAAUAUCAAUAUGAUAAUAUUGUAAACAAACAAAAUGAUAAUGUACAACAUAAAUCCAAUGAAACUAAUGAUGAUAAUAAUAAUAAUGAUCCAACAAUGAUUGUAUUUGAAAUGAUACAUCAAUUACCUUAUCAUUAUCGAAUGGAUCUAUUAUUUCGACAACAGGAACGUCGUUGUUUUUCUGUUUGUGAUCAACAUUUUCUUUUUCAUCAUAACCAUCAUCAACAUCAUCAUCAUCAUGGAAUAGGAAAACGUAAUCAACUAGCAGCUGGAAUAUCAGCUGAUGGUGUUCAACAACAACAACCAUCGCAACGUUUAAUUUCAGAUUAUUGUCGACAAUUUACACGAAAAAUAUUUCAACAUAUUCCAAUGAUAUUGAUGGCUAUUUCAGCAAUGCUUAUAAUGUUUAUGUUUUUCUGGUCAUUAAUUGAAUGUAUGUUUCAAGUGGAAGAUCCAGCUAUUGAUCAUACAUUUAUUAUUAAUGAUGGAAAAAAUGGUCAAAAAUCGAAAUUAUUAUUGGAUCAAAAACAAUAUCAGCAACAACAUCAAUUUCAACAACAGCUAUAUAAACCUGUACAAAUAAUGGCUGUACCAACUGUUGAUGGUGAUCGUAAUGAAUGAAUGAUAGAUGGAAUUUUGAUUUUUUUUUUGAAAAUUAAAACAAUUGUAAAA